AUCGCUUCAAUAAGCACAGGAGUCUGGUUUCUUUGUGUCCCAGAAACUACAUGUCCCAUAAACCAUUGCGAAACAUGAACGCGCCGCACAGGGAUAAAAUGCCAGUACAACUUUUUCAAACAUGUACAUUUUUAAUGCUAUUCUUCUACGCUACCAUUUCGUGCACGUUUACACACACAUUACAGCGCUAACGUAAAUGACAAAUAGAUAUUAAUGUUAGCAACGCGUGACGUGACAAACUUAGUCACUUCUCAAGACACUGCACUGCAGCUAGCUUACUUUCUUGCUAGGGACUGCUAGCCCAACGGGGCAGAACAGCUGCUUUUGCUUUAAUGCUGAAAUGCAGGCGACUACGAUGGAUUUAGCAGAAGAACCUCCCUCUAUGUUAUGGGGACUGGAUCCAAUCUUUUCUGCCUUUGCCAGGCUGUAUGUCAGAGACAUCCUGCAGAUGACAGAGUCCACACAGGUUCCAGGUAUUUACUUUUACAACUCACAUCCAGUCUACAAAGUUGAUGUACUUGGGACAGUAGUUUACAAGAGAGAAAGAGAAGACUUCUUCUGUUAUGGAGUGGAUGAUGGUACUGGUGUUAUAAACUGCCUGUGCUGGAAAAAAUACCUGUUAAAAGAGGAGGAGGAUCCUGGUAAAUCAGGGGGAAAGCACAGUGAUGCAGCUAAAGGAGGCUUCGACCCAGUCGCUGAGCUGAAGAAGCUGAGAGAGGGCCAAAAGAACCGCUCCUGCUUAGAGAUUGGAGAGCUGCUCCGAAUAAGAGGACUGGUCAAAACGUCGAGGCAACAGAGAGAAAUCAUGGCCUCCACCUACUAUAAGGUGAACGACCCAAUGAUGGCACUCCAGAUAGCAUGGAUGAUGGAGGUUCCUCAGCUCUACAGACAGUGCUAUGACAAACCGCUUCAGCUGCAACUGAAUGCAGAUAGUGACACUACCAUCAGUUCCCUCAGCAAGGCAACCAAUAUCAUCAAGGAUUUCUUUAAACAGAAGUCAGUGAGCAGGUUCAGACCCUAUGAUGUUCAGGACUUGCUGCAGCCUCUCAUCUCUAGCCAGCCUCAAACUACAUCUGCUGACCAGGAGCCAGUGGCAAGUGUGUCUGCCUGCCAGCAGCUACGCCAGCUUCUGAAGGAAACACUGGAACUGUUACAGAACGAGGGUAUCAUAUACCGCAAGGUCAAGUCUCAGGAUGAAGUCUAUAAUGUAACUGCACAGGAUAAAGAUCUACUUAUAGCGGUAAAAGACAUUAUCAGGGAAGACUCAAAGAGAGAGAAGUAUGCAGAGAAGGGUUGCCACGUCCUGCACAUCCUGUCUGCAGUCAAGCAGCGGUACAGCCUUAAUGUGAGCAAAGCAGCGCUGGAGCUGGUCCUCAAAUCUCUGGAGUGCAACAGUGACAUUGUCAGCACCACUGACAACCAUUACACGGUGUUUUAACUCAAGUACAGUGAGGUUGGGAACCCUCGAUUACUUUACUUAAUAUUAGUACAUGGCUUAUUGCUCCAAAAUGUGAGUGACAAUUAUGAUUAAGUAAAUCAUGCGAUUUGUAUUCUUGUGUUUAUCCUGAGCCUUAUCCUGGCUCCACAUUUGGUGUAUUUUAUAUCACUGCUAUUAUAUUAUGUAAGUGUGCUAAGGUUGAAUACUAGGUUAUUUAACAGACAUGUCUAAGAACAUGGACAUCCGGGAAGUGUUCGGGACCACUGUUGAAAAUAUUUAUGAUACUUUAAUAACUUUUUUCUAACCACUUAUUAAAUUGGCAAAUUGAUAUUUUCUCAGUCAGCGGCCAUUGCUUUUCUUGACUAUUGACACAUUGAAUGGCAAUACAACACAAUAGACAGUGUGCUGCAUGUUUAACAUAAAUAUAACACCUAAUUUAUACCAUAUAUGACACAUCAUGUAACGGCAGAUAUACAGUAAUAUAGCAACUUUGUAACAAACUGUGUGUAUACAGUGUGUUUAUCCUACAUACAGUACAUUACAAUUAUACACAAUAUAGGCUACUGUAUACACAUGCAUGCACGCGCACACACAUACAUACACACACAACACUGAUUUAAUCUCACCCUGUCAAAGUAGUGUAUUGUGUUUGAUUGUACAGCGUUUCAACGCUGGAAUAUUAUGUGGCCCUAGAUUUACUGUGUGGUACUUUAGUUAAAAACUUUGAUUUGCGAAUAUGUAACAUAUAAGCACAAAGCUGAAAUAAUGAAUAAUAAUAAUAAAGGUUUUACAGGGUUUGAUAAAGGGAGUCUUUUCACUACAGGGCUUUAAUGUCAGGUAAGAAAGGAUGACCACCUUUAGGGCGUCAGUUAAUAUUGCCAGGGCUGGAUUAACCCUCCAGUGAGCCCUUAGGGACAGAAAGCGAGCCAAAGGCCUAUAUUAAACCCCAGUUGUAAGUUGAUUAAAUGCAAAUUUAUUUAAGAAUAUGCACCAUGUAAGCAUACUCUAGCUACUGACAUAUUAAAAGUAUUGGAUUUUUACACAAGGGUCCUUUAUAAGACAGAACCUCAAUAUUAACGUGCACUCCUUUAAUACAGCAGGGGGCUUCCAAAAGACACAUUUAAAAAAAA